AUGUCAAACCCAGAAUAUUUGACUCUUGAUUGUGCGGAAGAGGCCAUCUUUCGGUCGGCUGAUAUGACGUAUGUUGAGCUAUAUAUUCCAUCCGAAAUAUCUCGAGAAGUCGUAUGUAUCCUUGGCAAUAUGGGUGCUAUAAUGUUUAAAGACAUGAACGCUGGCGUAAGUGCGUUUCAAAGGGGACAUGUGAAUCAAAUAAGAAAAUACGAUGAUAUUGAUAGAUUGGUCCAGUAUCUUAUAACAGUGUCUGAACGUCAUAAAGAUGCUACAUGGAAAUAUACUUAUCAUCCGGUAGACGUGGAUGAUCCAAUGGGAACAUUUGGAUCUUCCACCAAGAUGAUUUUGGAAAGCCUAAACCAUCAUACUAUAGAUACAAUAAACGACGUUUCCGAUGAUAUUGUUCAAUUUGAAGCAAGAGUAAGGCAACUUGACGAAUCCUUGAUACAUUUAAAACGAAGACUCAAUGUAUUGAUAGAAGAGAGACAUGUAGUCUUUGAAACUGGAAGAUUUUUAGAAGUAAAUCCUAAUAUAGGUGGAAGAAUACGCUCUUCUAUGGAUGUUGAGGAAUUCAACCUUUCAGCGGAUCAAGAAACUCAGUCCGACCAAUUAAGUGAUUUCUCAUUUGAUUUGGACACAGACGAACCAACGAGAAACAGUAUGGAAUUGGCCUACCAUAACAAAUUUAUGUUGACGGGCUCAAUUAGCAGGGCCAAGGUGGCUAUUUUGAAUAAAAUUUUAUGGAGAAUUUUAAGAGGUAAUUUGUUCUUUCAUAAUAUUCCUAUUGAACAGAAGCUUUUAGAGGGAGAUGAACUUAUCGAGAAAGAUUGUUUUAUUGUCUUCACCCAUGGUGAUGUUUUAUUGAAGAGAGUUCGGAAGGUAGUAGAAUCUCUAAAUGGAACCUUAUUUCCCAUCUCAACCAGUCAUUCCACUAUUCAAGCAUUGAAUGAUAAAAUCACUGAUCUUGAACAGAUCUGCACUACCACCGAACAAACUUUGCACACAGAACUUUUGAUUGUAAAUGAUCAAUUACCCAUUUGGAAUGUAUUAGUCAAGAGAGAGAAGUAUAUUUAUGCUACAUUAAAUUUGUUCAGGCAAGAAUCUCAAGCGGUAGUGGCUGAAGGUUGGGUUCCUUCUUCUCGGCUGGAUGCCGUAAGAAACUCGUUAAGGGAUUUUGGUGAAGUAUCUGCGUCUGCCAGUACAGCAGUAUUGAACGUUAUUUCUACCAAUAAAAGUCCUCCAACGUAUCACAAAACCAAUAAAUUCACAGAGGCAUUUCAAAAUAUUGUGGAUGCGUACGGUACCGCUACAUAUAAGGAAGUCAAUCCAGGUUUGGCGACCAUUGUUACGUUUCCUUUUAUGUUCGCCAUAAUGUUUGGUGACUUGGGUCAUGGAUUCAUUUUAACACUUUGUGGAUUGGUGUUGGUUUUGAGAGAAAAGAAAUUCGGUCAGAUGAAAAGAGAUGAGAUUUUCGAUAUGGCUUUUUCAGGUAGAUAUGUGUUGUUAUUGAUGGGUUUAUUCUCCAUUUAUACCGGUCUUUUAUACAAUGACAUUUUUUCACUUUCCAUGACUUUGUUCAAGUCAGGUUGGAAAUGGCCCAGUGGAUUCAAAGAAGGCGACACAAUUGAAGCAACGCAGGUCGGGGUUUAUCCUUUCGGUUUAGAUUACGCUUGGCAUGGAACUGAAAAUGCUCUUUUAUUUUCUAACUCGUAUAAAAUGAAGUUAUCCAUUUUAAUGGGUUUCAUUCACAUGACUUAUUCAUUCAUGUUUUCUUUGGUCAACUACAGAUUUAAGAAAUCCAGAGUAGAUAUCGUUGGCAAUUUUAUUCCUGGUUUAAUUUUCAUGCAGUCCAUUUUCGGUUACCUUUCAUGGGCUAUUAUAUACAAGUGGUCGAAAGACUGGAUAAAAGAUAAUAAGCCCGCUCCGGGACUUUUGAAUAUGUUAAUCAAUAUGUUCCUUUCCCCUGGUGUUAUCGAAGAGCCUUUAUUCCGUGGACAAAGUGUUCUACAGAUUAUCCUCUUACUUGCUGCCUUAGUUUGUGUACCGUGGCUACUAUUGUACAAACCGCUAGUACUAAAGAAGCUGAACCAGGAGGCCAUUAAUAAGGGAUACUCUGAUAUGCAUGAACAAGAAAUUCAUGAGCGUUUGCAAGAAGCGCAAGAAAAUUCUGAGGAUACCAUGGUGGUCGCAGAUUAUAGCAAAGAACACGAACAUGCUUCUUUCAAUUUUGGCGACAUUAUGAUUCAUCAAGUGAUCCAUACGAUUGAAUUUUGUUUGAACUGCAUAUCACACACUGCCUCUUACUUAAGAUUAUGGGCUUUAUCUUUGGCUCAUGCCCAGUUAUCAACGGUCUUAUGGACUAUGACGAUUGCGAAUGCUUUUAGCCCGCAGAAUUCGGGUUCUCCUUUAGCCGUUGCCAAAGUUGUAUUAUUGUUUGGUAUGUGGUUUGUUUUAACCGUUUGCAUCUUGGUCCUUAUGGAAGGUACUUCUGCAAUGUUGCAUGCCUUGCGUUUGCACUGGGUCGAAGCGAUGUCUAAGUUCUUUGAAGGUGAAGGUUACGCAUACGAACCAUUCUCAUUUGAUAAAGUGGAACAACAAGUGGGUAACAACGAAUAA